AUGCCCCAUGGGCAGCCACCCAUGCCUACUCCCCGGCGGCAGCAAGACAUUCCUUACUCUACAGGGCCCCCCAGUAUGCGCUCUCCUCCCGCGUACAUGGGAUAUCCUCCUCACAUGAACGGCCACCUCCCCCCCGCCUAUACACAGCAAUAUCCUCACUGGUACCCUCCCUACCCUCAAAUGCAGCCACAUCCACGCCCAUUUCAGCCGCCGUAUGCACCGAUGUAUGUCUCCACUUACCCUCCUCAACCUGCUAUGGCUCCGGCUCCUAUCCCACCCCCAUCGCUCCCCAUGCAUGCCAGGACUUCAACUCCCCUCCAGUCCACCAUGUCUCCUCCUGUUGGGCCAGCGCCUGCUCCGAUAAAUAUGCCGAUGCAAUCUCCUGCCAUCCUUCCGAUCCACCCCACAACUAGCCCUAUUAUGUCUUCGCCUUCCACUUCAGCUCCCGAGAAGGCUCCCAGGGUCUCAACCCCCGUCAAGCCUUUCUGUGCGCCGCUCCCUUGGCUCUCUGUUCCAGACCGUCCGUUCCCCGCCAGAGUCCCCCACCGACGUCGAAAAAGCCGAGCCCUUCAGUCUUCUGUUUCGGUUGAAUUGCCGGCAAAGGACACCCACCAGGAUGGCCAUGAUGAAAGACAAGGUGUGACGAAGGGCGUAGAGCCGCAUACUCAGAGUCCCUCCGAGCCUCAAACACCAACGCUGUCUGUUGCACCGUCGGUCGCCAAUUCCACACAGCCCACCACCCCGUCUUCAGCUGUUCAACCUUCUGUCCGUCCUCAGUCGCAAUCCAAAGGAUCAAAGCCAACUGUUCUUGUCGUCCCUGUUGUCCCCGUCGUCCCGGGUCCUGGUGCUCCACGACAAGGGACGAAAGAUGAUGCUAGCCGCUCAUCCGAAACACGGAAAUCGUCUGGAGCAACUACCAAUGCCGCAAGUGGACCAGCUGAAAACAUUACUACCGAGCGCCCAAUGGAACAGAUAGAAGGUCCUACUUCGGAAGGUUCACCGAAGCCACCUUCCCCCGUUUGUACGGCACCAAAAUCCUGGGCAGACCUGGUUCGAGCUAAGAACCAAUCGAAAGGUGCAGGCGUCACCGGUGCCCCAUCUGCUGUAUCGAACGGCGUGGUAAAGCAGAAGAGUGAAUAUCUUGCAGAUGUAUUAGUGAACAUGGGGGAGGAUGUCUCCCAGUAUAGCGACAAGACUGCUUUUCUUGAACCCAGGGGACUUGUGAAUACCGGGAAUAUGUGCUAUAUGAACUCUGUUCUUCAAAUUUUGGUUUCUUGUGUACCUUUUUAUCAGUUCUUGGAUCAUAUUGGCCGGCGAGCAUCACAUAGUUUCCAGAGUGAUUUCCCAAUGAUCGAUGCUUUGAUUAUGUUUAUGAAAGAGUUUCGCGUUAUUGAUGCUGCUCAUUCUGAAGAGCAGUUGAGGUUAAGGUUGAAACCAAAUGAACUUGAGCAAUACGGCGAUGCUUUUAUCCCAGAAUUUGUUUACCAGGUAAUUCGGCAGUUGCCACGCUUUCGAGACAUGCGCCGAGGACACCAACAAGAUGCCCAAGAGUUCUUGGGUUUCCUUCUGGAGGAAAUGCACGAAGAAUGUGCUCGUGCCGCAAAGGAUGCGCCAUUGACGAAAACUGAUGGCGCUGCAUCUCUGAGCGAAGAGCCAUCUCCAGCUGAUGACGAGUCUGGUGAUGGUUGGCAGGAGGUUGGUCACAAGCAGAAGCCUGCAGUUACAAGAUCUUCUGGUCACACGUCUUACGAAUCCCCUAUCAUGAGGAUAUUCGGUGGUAAAAUCCGGUCUGAGUUCAAAGUACCCGGGAACAAGACCUCUGUUACCUUGGAGCCUUAUCAACCCUUACAGUUGGAUAUUGGCUCACCCGAGAUCAAUAAUAUUGUUGAUGCUCUCAAGGGGCUGACAAAGCCAGAGAGUAUUCAAGGAGACUUCAACUCUUCGCGCGGUCCGAAUGUUACCGCAACGAAACAAAUCUUCGUUGAAAAUCUGCCACCUGUUCUUAUUCUUCAUCUCAAGCGCUUCCAGUAUGACAGCGUUACCAGAGGGACCCAGAAAAUCUGGAAGAAAAUUGGAUAUCCUCUUGACUUGGAGAUCCCUCGCGAAGUGUUACCUCCUAACCGGCGCAAUAUCAUGAUGGCCCAGGGUGGAUUGCCCAAGUACCGGCUCAUUGGCGUCAUCUACCACCACGGUAAGAACGCAAGUGGUGGCCAUUAUACUGUCGAUGUCCGUCGCCAGGAUGGCCGUGAAUGGAUUCGUCUUGAUGACACAGUCAUUCGCCGUGUCAGAAGCGAGGAUGUCGCGGAAGCCGGUGGCGAAGAAGAUCCCAAGGUGCUUGCGGCAGCUCUUGAACAGCAUAAGCGCGACGCUAACACGAAUAUCUAUGAGCAAAUUGAUGAUCUGGAUCAGUCUGAUAACGAGAGAGGUUGGAGCCAGGUCAAUGGAACAGGCUCCGGUAAUCAUUCAAGCAAAAAGUCCACUUCGGCCGUUACCAACGGAGCUCCAGCGACAUCUAAAGCACCUUCCGGGACUCGGACUCCAAUUGGACGAUACGGGUCCAAGGACAACAAGGUUGCUUACCUGCUGUUUUACGAACGCAUCGCAUGA